UUUUUGAUCAUGUUUAUAGGUGGAAUUCCCCAAUUAUGAACGAAUUUGAGAUACUUGACACAAAUAAUGAUUUAAUAUUAGCCCAAACUCUUCAAUAUGAAUAUGAUUUAGAAUAUGAUAAAAUUUUAAAUAUUAAAGAAAAAAAUUUAAACAAAGGUGCAAAAGUUCAAAUAUCACUUGACAAUUAUAAAUAUUUUGGCCCAAGCAUAUGGAAACAGGAAGAUAAAAUGGAAAGAUCUAAUUUUCUUAAUGAGGAAGAUCUCUAUGAAGAUGAAGAUAUUUUUGACAUUAAUGAAAAAAAAGGUAUUGUAACAAAACAUGAUGCAAAUGUGUGUGGGCGCAAGAACAUGACAAAAUUUAUGAAAGCCCCUAUAAGUAUAGACACCGGAGAUUGUGAUGGAGAGAAUAUUAAACUUGCUAACAAUGUGUAUAAUAACCUCAAAGCAAAUUGCGCUAAAUUAGAAAAAAGAAGACAUCGUUUGCACGAAAAGAAAGAUGCUUCAACCGCUGAGUUAGCUAUCGACUCGAAAACGCGUUUGAUGUUGUUUAAAUUGAUCAAUCAAUCCGUAUUAUCAUCGAUGACAGGCUGUAUAAGUUCUGGCAAGGAAGCUUGUGUAUAUCAUGCCUAUUUAGGGGAUGAUGUCUCGAUUACGCACCUACCGGAACAAGGAGCGUUCAUUGCUUCCGAAAACAAAGAGUGUGCCAUCAAAAUAUACAAGACGGUGCUGACCGAUUUUAAACAUAGACAACAAUACAUAAUUGACGAUUAUAAAUUCAAAGAUGUUAAAAUUAAUCCUAAAAAGCUGAUAAAACGAUGGGCCGAAAAGGAAACCAAUAAUUUAAGAAAGAUGCAAAGCCAGGGUAUAAAUGUUCCGGCAGUUAUAACGCUCCAUAAACAUAUGCUUAUAAUGUCUUUCAUCGGACACAACGGGAUUCCAGCGCCUAAAAUUAAAGAUGCUCUUUACGAUUCCCAGGAAAUGAGUAUGGCCUACAGAGAGAUCAUAGAAAUGAUGAGAGCGUUAUUCAACCUAUGCCAUUUGGUACACGCGGAUUUGAGUGAAUACAAUAUUUUAUGGCACCAGGGUAAAUGUGUUGUAAUUGAUGUUGGCCAAUCCGUUUCGCUCGCACAUCCAAAAGCUCUUGAAUUUUUAUUCCGCGACUGUGAAAAUAUUUCGAAGUUCUUUGCUAGAAAAGGAUUGAAGGAUAUCGAAUCAGAAUCAAAUCUUUUUAAUAUGAUUACCAACUUGAAUAUCAACAAUGAAGGAACCCCAUUUUUCAAUAAGAUUAAGACUUACGAUAAACGCGAACUUAUUCGACGUAUUGAACUAGAGAGCAAAGAUUAUGAUACUGAACAAUUUUUAUCAAAUUUUGAGAUAAAGAUGCCCAAAUUUAAAAUAUUUUAAAAUUUUAUUUAUUUAUUUCAAAUAAUGAUUAUAUCUAAUUAUUUAUUGUCAUUUUGUUUAUCAAG